GUAAAACCCUAGGUGCAACCCCGCCACACCACCCCCCCCCCCACCCGAUCCGCCAUUGCCCGCCCGAUGCUGGCGUCCGCGCGCCUCUCGUCCUCCGCCGCCUCCAAGAAGGUGAUAGCGGGUAUCUCUAGCUCGAUCACACGGUCGUGCUACCGGACCUCCCGGGGGAAGGCGCAUGCGGUGCCGCUGUCUGCGCAGGAGCCGCCACCGAAGGGGCGGAAGAGGAUUACCAAGCAGGAGAGGAAGGUCAGGAUAGUGGAAUUUGUUGACAAGUUUAGGGCUUCAAAUGAUGGGAAGUUUCCUAGUAUGAAAAAUGUCUGUCAGCAAGUUGGAGGCUCCCACUACACGGUGCGUGAGGUGCUUCAAGAAUUGAAGUAUAAUUAUACAAAAUUACCACUGGGUAAUGCUAAGGCAGCUCCACUUCAAGGAAUAGUUGAAGUUGCUGAGCACACCAGGCCUAAGGAUGAAGAUUUGGUGGCUCAACUUAAAGGAACACCUGAAUUUGCUGAGCACUCAAGAACUAAGGAUGACUGUGUAAAGAAUCUAUACAAUCGUGACAGCUCCAAAAGUAGUCAGGAGAUUCAAGAUGUAGAUGAUGUGCUAAUAUCUCCAAACGAUGCUGUUACAAGCACUGGAAUUGUGGAAAAGGCUGAAACUUGGGAAUCUGUGGGCUCUUCUCAUCACAAUGUAGAAACAGAAGCUGGUAAGCAUGAUUUGAACACUUCAGAAACCUUUAAGACUGCAGCUGGCCCAACUUUAUCUGAUCAAACAGAAAGUAUGAAGGUCAUAAAGAACAAAUCUUCUAUAUCUUUGGGAGUGGAGGCUAAACCAGACCCUGGAAACCAGCAAAGGGAAACAGAAGCUAAAAAAUUAGCUCUGGAGAAUACAGAAAAAAUCCUGAAGGCAAGUGAAUCAAGUGUGUCAGAUCAAAGUGGAAGUGACAAUGUGCUCAAGGCAAACAUACAUGACAGGGAACACAACCCAAAGCAUGAUGCUGAGGAAUCCACAAGCACAGGUCUUUUUGGCAGUUUGAAAUCUUUUGCUUAUGGCUUCAGGAACUUCUGGAAAAAGCUGUAAAUCUAUCAUCCUUUCAGCUGCAAUCUAACAUACAUGGAGCCCCCCUCUUGGCUUCAUCGAUUUCUAAGCCUGGACCAAAUUGUAAAAUUUCUGAAGGCUACAGAAUUAAUAACCUUAGCCCCCUCUUUUAGCGUUUGUGAUACUGGAGUAAUUUGUAAAGUUCUUUUUUAUGGCACACGAUGGUAGUCCCCGAUAUGAUGCUUUGAUAAAGCUAGAUAGGAGUGUUAGUACUGCAUAGUUCAUAUGGUAUCCAAAUGCUGCUGGUACUUCUUGUUUGCCAUGCCAAUUGAACGCUUGGGCUGCCAUUUUUUU